AUGCUUAUAACAAAUAGAACCAUUCAUUGUAUAUUAUUUCUCCAAUUGGUAGUAUCAUGUUUAAGCUGGAUAGAUAAAGUAGAUGCAUCGUCAAAGUAUGAUUGCUGCAAAUCACCAUUGAUAAAGAAUGAAGAAGACGGUUUCUUUAAAUGUAGAAACGAAAGAAAGAUAGACACUUUUGUCUACAAAUUCAAAUGUAUAAAUCAAACUAUGCUCUCAGAGGAGCAAAUGAAUUCUCCUUAUCUACAAAAUAUAGCUAUAUGUAAAGAGUGCAUUUCAUUCUUUUUAAAUUAA